UCGAGUGAGACACACCAGCAGACCGGGUGAUCAGAGACACACAGAGACACACAGAGACUCUGAGAUCCACCAUGUACACCAGAUCUACCACCAUGAGCUUCACCUACCCGACUCCCAGCUCCUACAGACCGGUGCUGCGAAACACCGAGCCCGAAGUGUUUACUUUCGACCAGGACCCGAACCAGAACCUGCUCCAGCACAGACAGCCGCCCCAGCAGCGGCGCAGAGUGAUGCGGGUCAUGUACCCGGCCAAAGUGCGCAAAUACCUGCCUCCUGCGGAGAAGAGCCCCGCUAAACGCUGGCUGCUGGCGCUGUGUCUGGUGCUGCUGGCGCAGAUUUACACCGAGCGAGACGACGAGCUCGACAUGCCGGAGCAGGCUGCACUCUCCUCCCCUCUCACCGGGGAUCUGCCCGCUGACGGAGCUCCUGCGUCCUCGUCGCUCUUCCUGAACUUCCGCUCGGCCGAGGAGACCGCCUGGCGCAUGGCAAGCUGCUCCAGAGACCCUCUGCCGUGGAUGAACACAACGUGCAGCGUGGAGGAGACAGAAUCAGAAACCCGUGAACCUCAACAGCACCGUCUUCAGCAGAGGAACAAUCCUUAUGUGGUGGCCUUCCUGUAUCCUGCUGUGUACCACACGCUGGGCUCCGAGCAGUGAACAUCCCUCCAUCCAUCCCUCCAUCCAUCUAUCCAUCCAUCAAUCCAUCCAUCUAUCUAUCCAUCUAUUCAUGGAGCACUGACGGAGGACCUGACAGUCCUCAGGGACAAACAGAGACAGAGAGGUGAACAGGUGUUCAGACAAACAUGUGUUCACCUCAGCUGGGCGCUGUGCACAUCUGCGCACAUCUGCAUCAACACCUGCAUCGUUCAUGAAGUAAUUCAUCAGUACUGAAUUACUGAGAAGAAAUGAAGAGGUGAAAUCGGCACUUUUUUCCUGUGCAGGAACUGAUGUUCUCUACACUUAUGACGGACGAAACUUGAAGUUGUUGUUUACUUGAAGUGUUACGUUUUAUAUUUAUUUAUUAUUUAAACAUGUCAGCGUACCGUGUGAUGACAUUGCUGGCGAUGACGAUGAUGAAGAUCCACGUCAGUCCGAGCAAAGCACUUGAACUGUUUGAACCAGAUGUUUGAGUCUGAUGAAGAGAAACUGAAAAUGUAAUUAUUUAUUUUGUGAUAUUUAUUUAAUAUUUGAAGUUAAUUUAUUUUGUGUUUCUGUGUGAAAUAAACAUGAAGGUUAUGUA